UGGGCGGCGCCGCCAGGACGCUCUGACGUGUCCGCGCCGCGGCCCGGCCGGGACGGGACAGCGGGGGACGAGGGGCGGCAGGAGCGAGUGCCGGCAGCAGCCUGCCGGGCAGCGCCCCGACAUGUUCAACGUGGAGAGCCUGGAGCGGGCCGAGCUCGGCGAGAGCCUCCUCACCUGGAUUCAGACAUUUAAUGUUGAGGCACCAUGCCAGACUGUGGAAGAUUUAACGAGUGGGGUUGUGAUGGCCCAGGUUCUUCAAAAAAUAGAUCCAGUGUACUUUGAUGAAAACUGGUUAAACAGGAUCAAAACAGAAGUAGGAGAUAACUGGAGGUUAAAGGUAAGCAACCUGAAGAAAAUUUUAAAAGGGAUAUUGGAUUACAACCAUGAGAUUCUUGGACAACAGAUAAAUGACUUCAUCCUUCCUGAUGUUAACCUGAUUGGAGAGCAUGCUGAUGCUGCAGAGCUUGGAAGAAUGCUUCAGCUUAUUCUGGGAUGUGCUGUGAAUUGUGAACAGAAGCAAGAGUACAUCCAGACCAUAAUGAUGAUGGAAGAAUCAGUUCAACAUAUGGUCAUGGCAGCAAUUCAAGAGUUGAUGAGUAAAGAGUCUCCUGUCUCUGUUGGAAAUGAUGCUUACCUUGACCUUGAUCGGCAGCUGAAGAAAACUACAGAAGAACUGAAUGAAGCUCUGUCAGCAAAAGAAGAAAUUGCCCAAAGAUGUCAUGAGUUAGAUAUGCAGGUUGCAGCCCUUCAGGAGGAGAAGAGUAGCUUGCUUGCUGAGAACCAGAUUUUGAUGGAACGUUUAGAUCAGUCUGACUCUAUUGAAGAUCCCAACAGCCAUGCUGGUCGAAGGCACUUGCAACUGCAGGCGCAACUAGAACAACUCCAAGAGGAAACAUUCAGAUUAGAAGCUGCCAAAGAUGACUAUAGAAUACGCUGUGAAGAAUUGGAGAAGGAGAUAGCUGAAUUGAGACAACAGACAGAAGAGCUUACCACGUUGGCAGAGGAAGCUCAGUCUCUGAAGGAUGAAAUCGAUGUACUGAGGCAUUCUUCUGAUAAAGUAGCCAAGUUAGAAAGCCAAGUGGAGUCUUAUAAGAAAAAAUUAGAAGACCUGGGUGAUUUGCGUCGGCAAGUGAAACUCUUAGAAGAAAAGAAUACAGUGUACAUGCAAAAUACUGUCAGCCUGGAAGAAGAGCGAAGGAAGGCCAAUGCAGCACGCAGUCAGCUGGAAUAUUGUAGAAGACAGGCAGUUGAACUACAAAACAGGUUAUCUGAAGAAUCCAAGAAAGCUGAUAAAUUAGAUUAUGAAUGCAAACGGCUGAAAGAAAAAGUAGACAGUCUCCAAAAAGAAAAAGAUAGAUUAAGAACAGAAAGGGAUUCUUUGAAAGAAACUAUUGAAGAACUCAGGUGUGUACAAGCACAGGAGGGCCAACUCACCACCACAGGAUUGAUGCCCCUAGGAACACAAGAACCAUCAGACAGUUUAGCAGCAGAAAUUGUUAUUACUCCUGAAAUAAAGGAAAAACUCAUUCGUCUUCAGCAUGAGAACAAGAUUUUGAAGUUGAAUCAAGAAGGUUCUGACAACGAAAAGAUUGCCUUGCUGCAAAGCCUUCUUGAUGAUGCAAAUUUACGGAAGAAUGAGUUGGAGACAGAGAACAGAUUGGUGAAUCGGAGACUUCUUGAAGUGCAAUCGCAGGUUGAAGAACUGCAGAAAUCUUUGCAAGAUCAAGAUUCAAAAGCUGAAGAUUCAGUUCUUCUGAAAAAGAAACUUGAAGAACAUCUUGAGAAGCUCCACGAAGCUAAUAAUGAGCUACAGAAGAAACGAGCUAUUAUCGAGGAUUUGGAACCAAGAUGCAAUAACAGCUCACUCAAAAUUGAAGAAUUACAAGAAGCUUUACGGAAGAAAGAGGAGGAAAUGAAGCAAAUGGAAGAGCGUUACAAAAAGUAUUUGGAAAAGGCCAAAAGUGUCAUUCGUACCUUAGAUCCUAAGCAAAACCAAGGUGCAGCUCCUGAGAUUCAGGCUCUGAAAAAUCAGUUGCAGGAACGGGAUAGAAUUUUUCAUUCACUGGAGAAAGAAUAUGAAAAAACAAAAAAUCAAAGAGAAACAGAGGAGAAAUUAAUUGUUAGUGCCUGGUACAAUCUGGGGAUGACUCUGCAUAAAAAAGCAGCAGAAGACAGGCUGGCUAGUACAGGCUCAGGACAGUCCUUCCUGGCUAGACAAAGGCAAGCCACGAGCACAAGGAGAUCAUACCCUGGUCAUGUCCAGCCAGCAACUCCAAAGUAGAGAAGCCUAGCCCCUAGAAAGAAAAUUGCCCUGUGAUUCAGGCUACUUCUAUUGCAAAUGACAACAUUCAAGGGAAACGAACCAGCAUUUUUUUCUCUUUUUCCCUUUUUACCACCCUUAUUUUACAGUUCAGUAAAAUAUUUUGAUUUCUCAUUGUUCUAUAUAGUCUUUUGCUUAUGUUUUUGGGAGUCCAUCUCUCCCUUUCUCUCUCUCGCUCUCUCUCUGCAUUUUUCUGAAUGUGCCAAAGUUUUGAAAACAUCUAGCUGUACAAUAAUGGAACCUCAUAAGUUUAUAUGAAGCCUGGUCUCUUAUGAAAAGCCUCCUAUGGGUUGUCUAACAGUGUAAAUUUCCUGCCACAGUUGAUAUGUUUGUGCCUACAAGAGUUGUCACACUUUGCAAGACUGCCUUUGUUUGAAAGGAAUUAGACCUUUAGAAUUGUGCUAACCAAUUACUUCAAAGAAGACUGAAAACUCAUAACGGAAAUGCAAAAUUAGUAUGUAAUAUUAUUGUAAAAUAUGUUUGCAUCUGAAAGACUUAUUGGCAACAAAAAUGACUUUUAUUAUUAUUAUUAUUAUUAAUCUCUUAUUUUUAAAGUUUCCUCUUGUUCUUGGUGUUGAGUAGGGAAGCAGGAUUUUUUUAAGGUUUUUUUUUUAUCCCCUAGUGUUAUGUUUGCUGGCAGAGCUGAAUAUUCUCAAAUAGUUUGUCCUGUUGUUCUUGAUCAGUUAUAUGCAUAAUACAUAGUAUUAAAAAAAAAAACAAACCUGAAACAUAUUUGAACUGCUUUAAUAUGCUGCUGCAUCUUCCAUUUUGAAAAAGGCAUUUUUAUUAAAACUUUACUGCUUUGGACUUGCAGUACAUAGCGAAUCGAGGCCUAAGUUAAUGCUGUUACUCUGUUUCAGUUGUCGUCCCCUGCUAAGCAACUUGCUUUUAAUGUGUUGAUUCAGGGUAUAAUCGUCUCUGUUGCCUUACUAAUGGUACCAGUGCCUUCAGGUGAGCAUGUUGCUGACUUUGCUGAAAGCUGGCUGUGAUUUGCUGCCUUCUUAGCGUGUAGCUGGUUGAUCGUAUGUUACUCUCUGUUAACUUCAUAUUGAUCAGUCAGGUGGAUGGUGGCUCCUAUUAUUAAUUUAGGCCCUGAUUCUACAGAGUUCUUCUUUUUCCUUGAGUGAUUCUGUACUCUGGCUAUCCAUUUAUUUUAUUUUAUUUUAUUUUUUCCAAAGAUUGGUCAGACACAAAAGAGCUGAGUAUUGGUGAAAAAUUAUUUUCUUAUUUUAAACAUUAUUAUCUUAUUGUAAACAUUUGUAAUUUAGAGACUGUUUGUACCCUAAUGGCACGUGCAGUCUGGUUUCCAUAUUUAUUCUUUUAGUUUAUUUUAAUGUCCUUCCCAGUGGAGAUGUUUUUUCAUAAAUACCAAUACUACAAUUUAUUGAGGGUCUGAAGAACUGCAUUAAUUCACAAGAUAAAUGGGAUAGGCAAAGCAUCACUAAAUAAGCACACCUGGAUUAAAGGGCAAGGAACAGGUGAAUGACACCUGCAGGUACUCAUAUCCUCAAGUACAUCAUCAGUUUUAAUCUAGGCUAAUUAUGUUUUUAGUAUGUAUCUGAAAAAGCUUCAGUCCUGAUUUUUAUAUCUUUCGUACCAAAAGCAUAGAAAGUCGGUUAUCUGCAUGUAGAUUUGUCUUCUAUGUUUCACAUUUGGAAAAAAAUAAUAAUAAUUCCCUUUAUUAGUUCAACUUAAGAGAAGUCUGGGCUAUACUUGCAGGAUAAGAUGAGACAGCAAAGGUAUGUUCUUGUGUGCAGGAAAGUAAUGAUGUAAAGGCAGCUUAGAACAAUUUCUGUCCUUUUGUGUCUCUUACUGAGAUGCCAAAUGCUAACAGGACAAGAAAGUCUUAUGUAAAUCAUGAAAUCAUAGGUAUGACCUGCCAAAGUGACCACUGUUUGCUUGAAGUCUUUUUAAUUAUCUUUUUUGUGCAAUCCAUUGUAGUCGUUUGAAGAACUUUUCUUGUCUUGAACUUUUUACCUGUCUCCUGCAAGAACCAGAGCAAAGUGAAUUUUUUGUUCUUAUUGGAUAGUUCAGCUUUUUUUAUCACCUAGAGGAAGAAGAUAAAGAUAGCUAAAAAUCCGUCUUUAUUUUAAUGUUACCAAACUGCCAAAGCAAACCUUGUGAUAGAAAGAAAUAUCGUGAUUUUAGCAGGUAGUCUUAUCUCAUAAAUUUGUCUGAAAAUUUCUUUUGUUGUUGCUAUUAAUUAGAUGCAUUCCUAACAUAACUUAAAUGCAAUCUGUGCUUUUAUUAUUUUAACUUCUAUUUUACCACUUUGUCCCCAAAGUUCUGAUGACAGACAAAUGCCUCUGAUGGCUGAGAGAUGGCAGAGCUUCUAAACAGUAUUUGUACAUUAGCUUUUAGUCAUGGCAUCUUUCCUCUCUUCAUGGUUGCCUGCUUAUUUUUCUACUCUGUGUUGGAAUCUCCUCUUUUUGACUCAGCUUUCCUUUUCCCAUAAGAUAAUAUGCUGAAAAUACACUAAAGUGUAUAUUAAACAAAACUUGCAUUAAGUAUAAAAUUAUAAGAAUUAUACUAUAAUCCUACAGGCAUACUUCUAAAGAUAAUCUCUUUCUAUCCAGUUACAUUGAGUUAUUUGUCCAGUCUUUUUAAUGGCCAUCAGUGGAAUUCAAUUCUUUGUUCCUCAGCAUUUUCCUUUUAUUGUUUAUUGCAUACCUCGAUUCUUGAUCAUUGAAUAUGGACAGUUCUUAAGAAAUAUUGCUGGUUAUGUAGCUUUGGAAGAAGUGUGAAAAAUAAGGGCUCAGAGUAUGACUUGAGGGAGAAAGCACCUGUGCAGAAGAGCUAGCAGUGAAUCAGCCAAUGCUGUCUAUUCUUUGUAUCAUCAGUGAAAGAAUAUAGCCAAAAAAAACCAAAACAAAAAACAUUGUCUUAGUACAAUGUAUACUUCUAAGAGACUUCCAGGAAGGUUUGUUUGGAGACAGUAGACUGUUGACAUCAAAACUAUAGCGAUAAUUGUUAAAACAAUAUGAUAGGCUGUCCUGAUAUAUUACAGAAGCAAGCAAGCAAAAAAAAAGCCCUGUCUAAUUACAGGGUGGCCUUAAAGAAAAAGGGUUUUCCAGGACAGUGUCAAAACAGCUGAAGAAUUCCUAGGAAUACAUUCCCAAGUACAGUGCUGAGGAUAUUACAUGAUAGAUGUAGUCUUCUUGGGAGAUUUCAAUUAAAUAAAAGGAUAUCAAUUAAAUACUCAUAGCUGUUCAUUGCUUAGAGUUGAAGCAUAGUUUCUCAUCUUAAAGAAUGUGUGUGCAGUUUGUUUUCUACACUUCCAUGCUUAGUUGUUAGCACAAAUGAACAGACAUUUUAAAAGAGCUUUCAGAUUGCUCAGGUUUCUUACAGCAUCACUUGAAUCUCAGUGUGUGUUUUCCAAGUGCAGUGACAACUGGAGUAAUCUAGUGUAAGGGUUGAGUCCCGCCCACAGUGCAAAGGGAAAUGAACUGUCAGAGCACACAGCUGUAUAUUUUAUUCAGAUGAAGCAAACACUGCAUUGGCUACAAGGUGUUUUUUAGUAUCUCUUUGGAAAUAAGCAGAUGGUGAUCUUGUGCUGUUCUGAAGAUGGUAGUAACAGCUCAGCAGUGCUUUAUGGCUUUUUAUUCGUGUAAGCAGCACCAUCAGUUUUUUCAUUGCAUAUGGGAGAACUAACCAUUGACAAUUCCUACUGCUGCUUUAUGAUCACCUUUCUAGUAAGCGCUGUGUGCAGGCUGUCAAGAACAUUUAAGCGGAUUUGUCAGUUUUAAAGUCCUUGAUAUUUUAACAGGUGCAAGUAGCUUUUGCCUUUCCUCAGUUCUCUACUGUAUUAAACUAUCCACUUCAUAGCUUCCUGGAUGAUCUUUAGUGCAUUUAAUUAGCUUGAUAUGUUGACAUUUUCUGAAAAUACGAUGAUUGGAAAAUUCUUUAAUUUCAACAUUUGAUUUUCUUAUGGUUUGUGAUUGAAGACAGUCCUGAAUGUGGAUUUUUUUUUUCCUCCUCUGAAACAAAAAGGUUGCUGAUUUUUUACUCAUUUUAACCGAUUUUUUAAAUCUUCCUGGAUGUUCUGUCAUUUUGCAAGGAUUGAUGAGGGAGCUAUUUUUGCACUCAAAAUCAGAUCUGCAGUGCUGACUUCUUGUGGGUUUUUUGCACAUGUGUCUUACGUGGAAUGUGUGGACUCCUGUUUUGCAGUAAUACAAUGUUGAUAAGUCUUGAUAUCUCCAAAACACAGUUAGCAAACUUUGCAGGCAUGUUCCUUAGCUAAAAGAGGUUCCUUUGACAGGAAGGCUCUUAAGUGAUGCAAAGCAAGUAGUUGUACUUCAGGGGUUUUGCCUGCAGAAUAGUUUGAAAGAUUGAUUGUGAUUGAUGUGUGAUCUCAGGAAAUCUCGUGCUUACAAGGAAAACCUCUUUGGAAGUCCUUGGUCAGAUCAACAGUAUUAAGUGAUGCUGGCAGUAUGAUACACUUAGUGUGCUGUUAAAACGGAGAGGUGGGUCAUUAUAAAUGUCACAGUUUGAAUGUAAAGAUUGCAUAGGUAUGAACUUUGACGAAGUUGUGAGCCACAAAAAACUGCAUGCAGCCUGGACGUGUCCCCUCCCAUGUAAAAGCAAUCCAACUCUCAUGUACUGGCAAGGGUGUUGCUUUCCUACUUUGUACCUUUCAUCAGGAGAAACAUGUAGACUCAAAAUACCGUGUGUGCUGGCAUAGGAGCAAGGAAUGGCAAGGAGUGAGAUUUGCUUGCACUUGGAAGGGCUUCAAGCCAGAUCAUUUAUCUGGGGGUGAGCUGAAGGAAGUUGCCAAGCUCUGUGUAGGAUCUUAGUCACAUCGCAGGCUGAGAACUUUUAAGGAAUUGAGGAAGCUAUUGAGUGCAUGGCUGACUUUGUUAGUUUGCUCUGGUGGUGGUUCUUCCCUUUGGAAGCUCAGACAAAGAGCCUGUUAAUAGCUGCAGUAUGUCUUUCAUAGUUUUGCUUUAUGGUGGUAGUUUAAAAGUAUAGAAGUGGAACCUGAGCCUUUGGAGCUAGCUGUUCAUUUUUCUAAAUAAUUUUGGAUCACAGUUGAUUUAUGUAUUGGAGGCUUUCCUUAUUUCAGAUAGAAGCUGUGAUAAUCAAACACAGCCACCUCAGACUUCUUUCAUCUGGAAUAGCAAAUUCCUGUAGAUUUUCUUAGCUGCCAAUCUUACUGCAGUGUUUGGAGAUUCUGAUGACUUGUUCUCUGUUUCUGCUUGACUCUGCCUUAGUGAAUUCACUGCAGUAUUUGGCCACAAAGAUGAUUUUUAAGAUCUAUCAGCUCAUUAAAUGAAUUGAUACAUGAACUUGCUGAUGAAUGUAGACUGAAAAUGACUGAAUCUCUGUAGAUAGAGAAGCUACAGAGAACUUGGUAGAUGAAAUAGUCCCACCAGACGUAGCCAAUCAGCUACCCAUACAAGUUAUUCUGGUUUGAUACUUUGGGUAGUGGGUCAGUAGGAGCUUAUCAUAAAUGCUCUGAUGAAAGUCCUCAUCCAGCAGUUGUUAGUGAAUGACUUUUCUAUUGACUUCAUUAUAGCCCAUCUUCUGAUCUUUGCUUCUAGACCUUAACAAAGGAAUGGGAUUGUCCUGAAGUAGAUCCCUACAUUACUUGGUUUUGAUGGCAAACCAAGGAUUUCUUUGGGUGCUCUUUGCUGUGUAUAUACAAGAUCAUUUCAAAAACUGAUGGCUUAUCCUUCAGUCUCAGCGGCACUGUGUGUUGAUUUCAGACUGAAACCUGUUCCUUCUGUCAGAUAAAACUUUCUUGCUGCUGUUGGAUCUCAGAGAAUGAGCCGUAUUACAUGAGAAGUGUUGCUAGAAGUUGGGACAACAUUGCUAGGACAGUUGGGACAGUGUUUCCUCUUGGUGACCUUGUUCAUUGUUUCAAACUAGAGAGGUUCUUUACUGUCAGAUGAUGUUAGAGCCUCACAUUCCAGAACAAGCAAAACAGUUAUUUUAAUCUUCUCAAAAGCAAACAUUUUUCAGCGCUUGGAAGUGCUGUUAACUGCUGUGGUGUGGCACAAAUGUGAAUUACUGCAAGAGCAAGUCUUUCCAUUGGUGUGAGUGUUGUUCUCCAAACAGAACUUGAAUCACUAAAGAUUAUCCCUAACCUCAAGAGAUCAGAAAGUUAACAUAAAGGCCAUUUGUUAGCUUGUUAACAUGCUUGCAUUGCAAGCGUGGUAAUGAAAAUGAGUGGAAUUUUAAAAGAAAGUCCCAAAUGGAGUAAUAUAGAGAGUUAUAGCUGUGAUAAAAACAUUAGACUUUUUGAUUUGGAUUUGAAUAAAGCAUUCCUUGUGUAAAACAGAUUUUAUAAAGCAUAGGUUUUAGUCCUUAGCAAAGGUUAGAAACCAGGAGAAUAAACCUACUUCUUGAGAGUAUCAGUGGUUUUGAGAGGGAACUUAAAGUUUGUAUUUAACAAUAAUAGUAAAACCUUUGAGUAGUAAUAAGCAUGACAUAAUGCCAAACAUCUUAGAACUUACAGUCCACUUUGUAUUCUGUAGUAGGAGGAAUUAUUAAAAUGUGGUGUUGAUACGGCUCUGGAAGAUGAUAUGAGGAGAGGCUUAUUUUAAAAAGUUAAAGGAAAUAACAUGGAGAAAAUGUAGAAAGAAUACAUGUAGUAAGAAAAAAGAAACCUUAGUAGUAGAAGCCAGGAAGUAAUACUAAGAAAUCUGCAGGAAGAAAGACUUAAGUUAACUUAAAGUAGAUGCUUGGCAGAAACAGAGUCUGGUGUUAGAAGUAAAGGUGCUGUGUUGCACUUCUUACUUUGGUGAUUGUAUUACAAAAUACUGGUUGCAGACAGAAAUUGGCUAGGAGACUUGAUCCCUCUUAAGACUCCAGAUGUACACUGAAUAGGAAAAAACAUGGUUGCUUAGAAAUAAGAUAUGGUUGGGUUUUUUUGGGUCACACUAGCUUUGUAUGAGCAGUGUGGUUAGGAAGGUGUGUUGAUAUGUGCCUCCAGAGCUGGCUGGUGGAAAGGGGAAGCUCCUGUCCUUUCUGAGGCUGUAGUGUGCUGCAGUCAUCCCAGUGAUUAGAAAAAACACAGGAUGAGAGAAGUUGAGGAGGCUGUAAGGUAUUGAUUGACUACUUGUAGUGAAGUAGAGCUAAUGAGUACUCGUACUGAAAACAGAAGGGAAGUGUUCCUCUGAGAAAUAAUCCACCAAGAUAAUGAAAUGAGCCUUCAGUUAUUUGUAACCCAAGUGUUUGGGAGUGCCAAGAAAAUUAAAGUCACUCCUCUGACAGCAGGUCAUCUGCAGAAUAAUCUGACCUGGUCUGGACACGAUGAAGAAGAAGCAACAGGUUAUGCUAAGGGAAUUUACUGUCACAUUUCACGUUUGUCAUCUUCUGGAGUGUUGCUGCCUUCAGAGGUAGAUUUUGAAAGUAUUGAUUCAUCUUCAGAGGUUCUCAAAGACAUAAAGAAAACAACAGGCCAUUAUUUUAAAAUGUAAGAACUGCUUGUUUGAAAAGGGCACUCAGGUGAAUCGGGGGAUUUGAUACAUCCUUGAAAAAGAAUAUACUGUCCAAAGUUGAUAAGACCUGUUUAGAUGUACUGGUGUCCCAAAGAAAAACCUAUAAUGUCAUGUUUAUGUCCAACAGGACACCUGAAGCGUUGCUAAACAGUAAAGCAUGAGCAAUGUACAGGAGAUGCUCCAAACGUAAUGCCUUCUAUUUUAUGAUGUUGUCCCAUGACGUUGGAGGAGGAUGUUGGUGCUACAGCAGCAGAGGCAGAUCCUUCCCACCAGCAUCUUGUUACAUGUUAUUGCUGCAUGACUGAUGGCAGCAGGAGUGUGUAGCUUAAUUCCUUCAUGUGGGAAAAAUGGCACCCACUGACAUUCAUCCAUAAUUGGUGAAUAUUUAUGGAGACCAACCAAAAAAAGAGUGAUCUGUUGGUGAGAAUGUGCUCUAUCAAUUAGUAUUAUCAUACUCUUUCUGUUAUCACUUUUGUGAAAAUAAAUAGGUGGCAUUACUUUUGGAGCAACCCACACAAUAGGUGGAUUAUAAAAAGUAUACAGAUCUAUACAUAACAGAAUAGAUGUGUUCUUAUGCAGGAUGAACUUUUCUUUUUCUAUUGACUAACUACAGUAAUAUUCAUGUAGUUAAUCCUGAACUCUGUAACUUUCUGCACUCAGCCAGGCAGUGCAGAGCUGGCGUAACUGCACAUCUCAAGCAGACAGUAAUCACUCCAAUAUACAGUCAAGGUCUGCUUUGAAUGUGCUCCUUCAAAGCAUCUUCUAUUUUUUUGUUCCAUUUCAUUUCUAUGUGUAUCUUUCUCUUUGGUUUUCAACUACAAUGAGUGUUCUGGGUUGGUGGAUGAGAAGGAAAAGAGAGAUUUACAGGCUGCAGCACUUGUAGCUGAAGGGCAGGGUUGUGGGUUUGCUUUUUGUUUUUUAUUACAGUUUUUUCUCCCAGUAAGUCCUUGCAUUUGGUUAUAAAUAUUCCUCAUUCUGGGUUUUCCUGUGACAGGAGUUGUCCUUAAACCAUGCUUGACCCCAAGCAGUUCGAGAGUGAAACAAGUAAGAAGGAGAGCAACAGUUAGCACAAUGUGAUUUCAGUUUGGUGGAGAUAGUUUUGUUAUCAUCACUGUGAGUGAAAAUGAGAGGGGACAGUUAGUGCUGUGCCAUGCUGUGUUAUGGGGGGAUCUGAAAGUGCUGUAGCCAUGCUGGUAAAAUUCUCCAGCCUCUCCAGUUCAGUUACUGCAAGGAGGAGUUAUUUGCCAGGAUAGAGCAAUGUGCCAGCCUGUCUGGUUGUUGUCCAAACUCAGCUUCAUUUACACACUACUAUGGUGUGCUCCUAGUGCUGCUCGGUGACACCUAAUGUGUAUUUUAACAAGAAUACCUUACCAUUUUCUUAUUAUUAAAACCCAGUUUUGCAUGCAGUUAAUGGAACUUGCCAGUGUAAGGUGGCACUGUUGCUGUUUUAUCAUCAUGCACAGGUUUAGCUUUAAUAAGCGUUUAAAGUAUUCAUUGUUGUUCAGAGCUUGAAGGCUCAGGCAGAUCCACUCUGACCCUGACUGUGUUCUAGUAUGUGACCAUGCAUAGCAUGGGACAAGCAACUUUCAUUUUAUAUUGUGUUGUGUUUUUUUAGUUAUGAGCAGCAUAAGCCAGAAGACCCUCCUUAGUUUCCAUAGCUGUGUUAGUUGAGAAUGGUGCCCUGCAGGACUUUACUCAAAAUGGUCUAAAUUUUACUGAACUGUAUCUAAAUUUAGGUUUUAUCCAAAGCUGUGCUGUCUCUCUUUCCAAUUCUGACAUACAAAAUUCCUGUUAAUGUAAGAGUUGCUCUGGCAAAGAUGUUUGCCCCAUGAAUUUGCACAGCUGUAAGGAGAGGCAGCCUCACUGAGCUACUUUACAAAUGCCUGAUCUGUUCUCAGUUGUCAUUUUAUUUUAUUUUAUUUUAUUUUAUUUUAUUUUAUUUUAUUUUAUUUUAUUUUAUUUUAUUUUAUUUUAUUUUAUUUUAUUUUUUUCUUUUAAUGGUAAUAUGUUAUCUGCUUUUUAACUUUCUUCUUUAUUCUUUUAUUUGCAGUGAUGUGGUUGCAUGACCUGCAGCAUUAUUAUAACAGGGACUGUUCAGUGCAUGACUUGCUUUUCUGUCCAGACUGCAUAACCAAAACUUAACCAGUUCUGCACUUACGGGCAUCUGAUUUCAAAGGGAGAUCUACUUGCAGAGAAGCUUGCCAUCUUGGGGAGUGGCUUUCCCAUUUCCCGCUUCCAUUUACUCUUUCUCUUCACACAAAGUCUCCUCUGGCGCUAAAAGAGCGGUUAUCCAGUAUUCAGAACUCUACAGGAGGCAUUCUGCAAACUGACAGAGCACUGUCAGCUCUACAUUUACUUCUGUCUGUCCAUUUAAUUCUGAUUAACAGCAUUAACACGCAGACUUCCUGCAACAUUUGCAUACUCUGAGCUAUAAAAGUCUAGUCUUAACGAGUUCCUAAAAAUGCCUUUUGGUGACUCUUAAAACUUUAAAGCACCUGCACCCUUAAAGGAUAUACCUUGAAUCUUUAAGUAAAUUAAAAGUGAAGCCAAGGAGGUGUGCUGCCAGGGGGAGCGGCUGCUUGGCCAGCCCAUCUUCCUUAGGAAGCCGAGCAAGGUUCGUCAGAUAAAUUCUGAGACAGGCAAACGAUUGUGCAGUCCUGUGUUCACAGACACUGCCUGCUUCCUUACUAUGUAUAUACACAGUAGAUUGUGGCUGUUGUAUUUUUCUCUAUAUAUUUUAGCUGUGUCGUCUGUUUCUUUUAGAAACUUCUUAUUUCCACUCUGUGUACAAUUGUUAAACAAUCCAAGGAAAGUACAUGAAUGGGGAUAAACACGAAAGCUGGCCACACUUUCAGUAUUAUGCAGAUUGUCCUUGACAGUUUAUAAUUUGGGUUGUUUAUAUUUUACCUGUACUAUUCUUUUUUUCCUCUCAUUACUGCAGUCUUAGCUAUUUCAUUUCCAAUUGCACUAGUUUGGCUGUUUCUUUGUAUUAUGAAUUUUAGGUAUAAGAUUUUUGCAAUAUUUAGACGGUAUAACUCAAAGUGCUUCGUGCUGCCUUUAUUAAUUUUUAAAAGCUGCUUAUUUAAAUAUUUUUAAAUAUCUGCACAUUUGUACUACUGUAUCUUCGUUCUGUGCUGGACGCCCAGUACUGGCAAGAUCCAGAAGGCAAGGGAGUACUGUCGUGGUGUAAGUUAGGGUGUUUGUUGUGUAGCAGUCGUAGUGUGUAACAGGUCGGAUGAGCCCACAGGGCCCUCCGUAGUGUCUGAAAAGAAUCCGAACAAAGAAAACCAUACGUUUGUUUGGUUAAAGUCCAGUUCUUGAGAAACCCCAUUCUUGCUCACUUGGAUCUUAAUCCUGCAAAAAUAUAUGCAUGUGCUUAACUCCAGGAAUAGUUUUGCUUAUUCAGGCAGUAGUGUAUCGGUGAGCCCUGUUUUCCACCUGAGCACCCCUAUAUUGGAGACAUGGUUUGUCCGUCAGCCCCUGCAGGCACCCGGGGCCUUGAAAGGCCGUGCCCCCACAUUGGGACACCUCAGGCGCUCGGCCCUCACAGACCCCUGUGCUGGGACACCUGAGGGGCUCGGCCCUCAGGCACUGUGCCCGCUGCAGCAGAGGCGUCGUGCCAGACGAGCUGGAGAGCAGGCAGAGCUUGUCCCCGUGCCACCUCAGCAGGGAAGGGCCAGAUGGGCUGCAACAGGCCCUGCAGGAGUUGGAGGGCCAGCGUGAGGAUCCCAGUGAGAAGUGUGUGCUGAGUUCCCUCCUGGGUUCCAUGCCAGACACCAUAGGAGACCGGGAGCCUGCGGCUGACAGCCCGACGGGACUCCCACAUGGGGAUAUGUCUUUCCUGGUCCACCGGGACCUGGGGCAGUGAUGUCUGAUGUGACCUGCAGGACAGAUCAGGGCCGUGACGUGUCACGCAUUCCUGCAGCAGUGCCAGCAGCACUUCCAUCGGACUGAGCCUAGCAGAGCAUAAGAGUUUUCAUCUCUCCAGGUCCCAGCCGUCAAUCCCUCAUUCUGUGUCAGGGCAAGCUUUAUAGAAAAACCUCCUUUCUGUUGUGUGUGAGGCAUAGUUUGUUUCCCAUCGCCAGCACAGUUUCUGUUGGGUGCGCCCUUCUCCAGGCCGAGCUGGGUGCGGGGCCGGGGCGGCCCUGCGCGGGGUGUGCGGGGAUAGCUGUUUGUCACACCUGCCUGCAAGGGCGUCCCAAGCUGAAGCUGAGCUGUACCUCAUUUCUCCAUGUGGUCUGUGCAGUUAGAAACUACAUAUCAGUUGUUCUUGAGCCUGAAGACAUUUAUAUGUAACUGUGUUUAGCUUGACAAGGCGUGUUGGAGUUCACUGAAAUGGCGGCAAAGCGUGAGGCAGCUCUCAGCGUUCAGCUGAUGGAGUGGUGCCACGUCUGUGCCGUGACCGUGAGCCCGCGGCUCUGAGGUGAGCUCCAGCAUGUCUCUGGUGUACUAACUUCAUUUACGCCGCGUAGAAACUCUUCUACUUCCUUCAUAGCAGCUUGUUUGACAGUCCCAAAUUAAGUGUUGACCAAUUAUCAAAGUAACUGUUUGUGAAGUUGACAGUGAUAUAUUUUCUGUAAAGUAAUGGAUUUGUAGAGUGUCAAAACAUAAAUUUCCCAUUUUGGUUCAUCUAUGAGUUGUGUAACUACCAGAUUGUCAUGGUAGCAGUAUUAAUAUACAUAUCUGUACAUAGAACAAAGAAAAAAAAAAAAUACCCGGUAAUGGUCAUUAGAAUCAAAAGGUUUAAUAUUUUUUCCCAGUCAAAUAUGCUAAUGCUUCCAAGGUUACAGAAGAGUGUACAGUUGUUAAACAAGUUGUAAAUAAAGGCUUAUAUAAAAUAAAA